AGUAAAAUGGCAGAAGCCAGUAUUUCUGUUGGUGAGGACCAGUUCGUGUGUCCAGUCUGUCUAGAUAUCCUUAAGGAUCCUGUGACUAUUCCAUGUGGACACAGUUAUUGCAUGGGCUGUAUUAAGGGCUACUGGAAUCUGGACGAUCAGAGGGGAGUCUACAGCUGCCCUGAGUGCAGACAGACCUUCAGUCCAAGACCAGCUCUGGGUAAAAACACUAUGCUGGCUGAAGUGGUGGAGAAACUGAAGAAGACGAGGCUCCAAGCUGCUGCUCCUCUUGUUCACUGUUAUGCAGGAUCUGGAGAUGUGGAGUGUGAUUUUUGUAUUGGGAAGAAAGAAAAAGCCGUCAAAUCCUGUCUGACAUGUCUGGCUUCAUACUGUCAGACUCACCUACAGCCUCACUAUGAGGUCACUGCCCUCCAGAAACACACACUGGUCAAAGCCUCCACACGACUACAGGACCAGAUUUGUCAUCGUCACAACAAGCUAAUAGAACUUCUGUGUCAAACUGACCAACAGUUCAUGUGUUAUCUGUGUAUGGUGGAUGAACACAGAAACCAUAAAACAGUAUCAACAGCAGCAGAGAGGACUGAAAAACAGAAACAUUUGGUAGAGACUCAGAGGAAAACCCAGCAGAGAAUCCAGGAGAGAGAGAAGGAGGUGCAGGAGUUGAGACAGGCUGUGAAGUCUCUGAGGCGCUCUGCACAGGUAGCAGUGGAGGACAGUGAGAGGAUCUUUACUGAGCUGAUCCGCUCCAUUGAGAGAAGGCGCCAUGAGGUGACAAAGCUGAUCAGAGAUCAGGAGAAGAGUGAAUUGAGUCAGGCUGAAGGAGUCCUGGAGCGACUAGAGCAGGAGAUUUCUGAUCUGAGGAGGAGAGACACUGAGCUGGAGCAGCUUUCACACACAGAGGAUCACAUCCAUUUCCUCCAGAGUUUCUCAUCUCUCUGGUUCCCUCCUGGAUCUGAAGACUUAACCAGCACUGUCACUGUCAGUCCACGCCUCUCUUUUGAGGAUGUAGGAAAAUCUGUGUCUCAGCUGAAAAAGCGACUGGAGGAUUUCUGUAAGGAGGAGUUUGGAAGACAUUCCAAUAAAGUGACAGACAUCAAGAUCAUUUCUCCCCCUGAACCAAAAACCAGAAAGGAGUUCUUACAAUAUUCCUGUGAUCUCACACUGGAUCCCAACACAGCACAUAAACACCUCUGUCUGUCUGAGUGGAACAGAGUGGUGACAUGGAGUAACACAGUCCAGUCAUAUCCUGAUCAUCCAAGGAGAUUUGAUAUGUGUCGUCAGGUGUUGUGUAGAGAGAGUGUGUCUGCACGCUGUUACUGGGAGACUGAGUGGAGUGGGGUUACAGGGGUAUCUAUAUCAGUGUCAUAUAAAGACAUCAGGAGGAAAGGACUGAGUAAUGAUUGUUUGUUUGGAUGUAAUGAUCGGUCCUGGAGUUUGAUCUGCUCUCCCUCUAAUUACUCAUUCAGACACAAUAAUGAAGAGACUGAACUCCCCAUAUUUCCCAGUUCCUCCAGAAUAGGAGUGUAUGUGGACCACAGGGCAGGAACUCUGUCCUUCUACAGCGUCUCUGACACAAUGACCCUCCUCCACAGAGUCCAGACCACAUUCACUCAGCCCCUCUAUCCUGGCUUUAGGGUCUUUGCAGAGUCAAAAGUGAGGUUAUGUCACCAAUUUAAGUUUUGA